AUGCCGCCGUUCGCUCCAGAGCUAGAGGAGUGGUGGCUUGGCCGUGGCUACGAUGCUCUAACCCGGCUUGUUGACUCAGGCGAUGACGCCCUCAAACCUCAAGAAUGUGGCUUCGCCCAGGACGUCCAACGUCGGCUAUGCGCCCUCGACAAUGACCGUCUACUCCAGGCCGAGCUCAAAGAAGCGUGGCCGGCUAUUCGCGCCGCGAGAGGCAUCAACUACGUUGCGAACCCACGAAAACAACUCAAGGAAGCAUCUAGUACCAUCUUCAAGCCGGUUGAAGACGGAGGCAUGGAUCAAUCACGCGUCCUUGAAGGGCUUGGAUAUCUAGAUGCGAUGGAAGUGCAUCGUCUUCGCUUCCUGAAAGCAACAAGGAGCGCCAUGGAGGUUACGACCCCUGAAAAACGUCACCUGCAAGUCGUCGACGAGCUCGAUCGUCAAGCCACUAUCCAUUACCGACAUUUCCACCUAGGCUUUAGGACAUUGAACUUGCAGACUCUCAUCGAUGAUUUGACCAAAAGUGGCGAGAAGACAAAGGAAAUACCAAAGAUAAUGGCUCGACUCAACGCCCUCUUCCCCCCUGUUGUCUUUCUCCAAGACGAGGACGAUGUUGAUCCAACGCCCCACUCUGCCGGUCUUCGCGACAGCAUCCGAUUUUCUGUCUUUGAGCACUUGAUGGGGAGUGAACCAGUUUCUGAACAGCGGCAGCAGAUGAUCCAGAUGAAGCUUCUUGGGUGGUGCGACAUUCCUGGGUACGGCCAAGCCCGAGAUUCCUUGAUUCGAUACUGCGAGGAAUCAAAGAAGCUGGAAGAGGUCUGUUUGCUUGUUUUGGACGAUUUGGAGCAUCGAUGUCUCAGCGAAAUGUCGACACGAAACUUAUCGGCCGACUCUUCUUCCAUGUCACUCGAAGACAGCUCACCAAGUCCUGAGGGCAGCUCCCCGAGAAAGGCCAUUCCGGAUGUCGCCAUGAGUGCCGAUGCAUCCUUUGAUUCUCGAUAUCCCGCUUUGCACUCGCCGGUGUCUAUUUCUGCACUUACAGCAUCAAAUCCUCUCCUCAAAGGAAUGCCAGGCCGAGAGAUAUCAGCAGCCAAGACAGACGGAGCAGCUUGGGCAAAAGACCUCGGCGUACCACCCAUUCUAUGCUAUCCCGAAGACCUUUCUGCGACUGAGUUCUGCCAACAUCCCCUCGCACAGGAGCUUGAAAUGACACCUUUCGACAGCGACGAUGACAUGGAAUACGAGAAAGUCACCAAGUCCCGCACGAAGAACUCUGGCAAGUUGAAGCGCCGUCAGACUAGGAAGGAAGAAGUGCCCCCAGUCCCUCCAGUACCGCAGAUUCCAGAGUAUUUCCGAGCAAACUUGACCCCGAAAGUUCUUGAGAAGCUAGUCAAGAGGAUGCGAUCUCGACCAGACCUGGCGGAGACUCCCUUUCCCGAAGAUCUUUCGUCCGAUCAGCCUCAGAAGAAAACAUCUGCUCCUGGUACACUGAAACUCGGCAUUAGGAAACGCCGCCCAUCAACGAAGCUUCAGAUUUCCAGCCCGGAACCCAUAUCCGAGACUAGCUCCUGGAGUUUGCGCUCAAAUCGUCACUCCAACAUCGCGUCCACCAUUACUAACGGUUCACACAACUCGAGACCGGCGGCUUCGCGAAGCCAGUCGAGCCAAGAUGCGGUCCAGCCAAUCUUACAGAGAGAUGACCCGAAGUUGAAGUACGAGCUUGCGAAACCGCGAUUGUCACCGAUGGAAUAUGCCCGCCUGUACCUUGUUGAAAAAGCCUUGUCUGAUCGGGAGAAUCGACCCUGCGAGCUUCCCAAGCCGACGGCGGCCAGGUAUUGGACCCCCCGCUGGGAGAAAUUCCUGAUCAUCCCUCAAAUCCCGGAUGUCAUCCGACGAGACUUGACUCCACGAGGAGCUACUGAUGGUGGGUGCGGCAGCGACUCCGCUGAUUUGGGGCAGACCGACUCUGAUAACGAGUCGGUGGUAACGCUGAAGCCGGGGACAGACUAUCCACGUCUGUCUCUCCAUCUUGGCGACUUGCCAACUCUUUCUCCCUUUCUGGAUCUUCCGUAUCCUAACAUGAGUAAUGAGAUUUCCCCUCCCAACAUUUCGCCGUUCGGAGUUGAAACCGAGGAGACUGAACGACCCGACGAACCCCCUUCUCCCUACGACGAAUGCGAGAUCCCCAAACCACAAACCGAACCAGAACUGCCCGCGCAAUUUUAUCAAGUGCGCUACCGAGAAGACGAUGAAGUUCACAAGCAACAGCGAGAAACUAGGUACCGAGCCAUCCACGAUGCGAUCGGUCCAUCCGCCUCUACAAGCGUCUCCGAAAACAGCAUCCGAGUCGAGGCAGAAGAGGUACCCGCAACGACAAAAUAUCCUGAUCAGCCGACUUCCCACCACGAGAAACAAGAGUUUUGGAAAAAGAUGGAUAUGGACAGAGAAGCUAACAGUUCGUCACCUCUGUCACAAGAUAGCGUAGAGACUGCGGUGUACAUGGGUAAGAUGAGGGAUCAGGUAUUAGCAACUCCAGAUCUCCGCAUGCGAAAGGCUUCAGGAAACCAGUCUCAGCCAUCUAUUGCAGAUUUCUCCUCUGCCAACUUUGCCAGUCCGGGGACCAGACGUAGGGUUGUCGAGUUCAGUCCUGAGUCACACAUGUCAUCGGAAGCUCGCACUCCAAUGGCUCAUUUCCCGAUUGCGACUCAACCAACGUCACGACUGACACCAACCGCAUUAACAAAGCAUGUUAUUGGAGGAGCUGGUGGGCACUUGCACCAAGAGUACACUCGACAUGCCCGGUUGGUUCAAAGCCUCAGCGCAGAGCUUCCGCAAGCAUCGUCUGCGCACCUGUGGAGCUCAGAAUCGGAUAGUUCGAUGAUAUCGGAUCUACAACCGGAGCCACUUAGAGUGAGCCGCCGGGAAUCUCAGUUGGACCAUGAGCAAAGCAGCAGGUGGUCAAGGGUCCUUGAAGAAGUCCUUGGGGAUGGAGAAAGAGACGAUGACAGCGGGAGGCAGGAAUGCUUCGAGAUGGACGACAGCUUUGAACCAAGAUACUCAACGGCCUACAUGGAGGAUGGCCAGCGUCGAGUCAGCGGAGAAGAAAUAGCGUUGGAAAGACUCAAAUACCAACUUCGGAGCUUCAGAGAUUCAGCGACUCUGCCGAAGACUCUACGGCGCUCCUCGUCAACCAUCAUCACGCCGACGCAAUCAUGGAGCACUAUCGAGUCGUACUCGACGUUCAACGUUGCAGAAAGCGGACCCUCGGGCUUUACGCCACAGCACGACAAGGAUCAGGUUGUAUCAUCACGCAUUCCUCGUUCCCCGUUGAUGGGCUAUGUAAGGGACUGCGAACUGUCUGAAGGCUCCUUGGAAGCCGCCAAAAAAGCAAUUAGAGAUGCACAUGCUGUCAGGGGAGUGUCCCAGGUUUCACCCAACACAAACUCUCUUCUGGAUCGAUCUGCUCCCCGCCAACAUGGAGCUCUACUCCGAGACCUCGAGAGGGCGUCCUCCAUAACACCACCAGGAAUGAACAGCUUUGGUCGUUGGAAACACGGAGGUUCAGUACAACAUGAUGGUUGUGCCGAUGGCAGCGAAGCAUACGGGGACGAUUUCGAGCUCGCGGACUCCAGCGAGCUCCUUUACGGAGGUUACGAUUUGUCAAGCUACCAAGCCUUUGAGCCGGAACCGUCAGCCACAAGAGACUUUUCUCAACAAUCAGACUCCCCAAACGACUCUUACGGGUACGCAAUGAGUUCCGUUGAUGCCCACCGAUUCUCUUCUCAGCGGUUCGACCCCCUGAGUCGCAUCAGUUCGCCGGUUCCUCAAGCCAGCAAAUUGGACAAGCCAGACAAGGCCAUUACCCCGUCACCGGAGCCGAAAGAAGUUGUGGUUCCACGGACGCCAUCUUCAACCAUCGGCAGCAUCUUUCGCAAACGCGUGAGAUCUCACCAUGGUGGCAGAACACCUACGACUCCCCUCACUCCUUCUACACACUGGAGACCGUUCGAUGAGCCUGAGCCUGAGCCCCCGUGCUCAUCGCCUUGGAUGUCCGGCAGGGGCGAGAACAAGGUGGAAAAGAUGGCGCGGGCAGCCUACUUCAGGGAGAAGGCAGAGCAGGAGCUCGCGCAGAUCGAGGCCACUCCCGAGAAACCAACUCUCCGCAAAUCCUCCCUAAGUAAAGUAAGGAGUAAGGAGGACCUCCGACGCAAGAACCCAGGCCUCAGCCGUAGACAGAGCAUGGAAAGCCUCGUCGGCUGGAGGAGCUUCAUCGACGACGCGCCGGAACCCUUAUUCUCCUCAUCCCCACCACCCCCGGUCCCACCGCUGCCCGCGCCUUCGCGCCUGGACUAUCUCGAUGCGCGGGCCGACUCCGGCGCUACGGCGGCGGCAGCCGCCUACAAGGCGAAGAAGCCACAAGGGCUCAUGGUUGAGACGACGCGAAAGCUUCGGAAACAGAGCCGAGAUGGGUCACGGGCAAGUCGCACGCCCAACUCGAUGCCGAGCAGCGGCGGGCUGAGGAUGGCGUUCAAGAUGGACGGUACGAGGCUCAGUGUGGGGAGAGUAGCAGUGGACGAGAGGAGAGAGGACGAGGUUGUACCGCGGCGGAGAUAA